AUGGCCUAUGUGAGGGGCAAUCGCGCUGAGUUUGAUAUUUGGGAAGAACUCGGAAAUCCUGGGUGGAACUGGGAUACCAUGCUCCCAUACUUUAAAAAGUCGGAGAAGUACUUCAUCCCCCGGGAGGACCAGUUGGCUGCCGGUGCAUCAUAUGAACCGCAGCACCACGGAUUCAAAGGCCCGCUGCAUGUUGGUCUGGCCCCCGCGUUCACCAACACUUCGGCGUCGCCUCGUCUACACGCGGCGUGGGAGAGCCUUUCCGUCCCGCGUAACCCCGACUUCAACAGCGGCAGCGUUCGGGGGUACUCUUAUCCACCAUCAACUCUGGACCCGACGCUCAACGUUCGAUAUGAUUCCUCUCGAGCAUACAUACAUCCUGUCGAACAUCGCCCCAAUCUGCAAAUUCUGCAAGGCACCGUCAAGCGGAUUACGUGGGCUCGUCAGCUGCGGAAGCAGACACAAUGCCAGGGAAAAGGGUUAGUCGCAAAUGGAGUUGAGUAUCUGACCGAAGCAGGUGAAAUGAAGAUCAUUAGAGCCACAAAAGAGGUUGUAGUGUCGGCUGGGGCAAUCCGGACGCCAGGUGUACUCGAAGGCUCAGGCGUUGGUAAUCCUCAGAUACUCAAAGCUCUUGGUAUUGAGACCAAAAUCGAUCUUCCAGGCGUCGGCGAGAACCUUCUGGAACAACCUCAUCAUACGCUCGUGUAUAAUGGCAACCUUGAAGAAUCUACCAACGCAUUUUAUGCGUACAUCACAGCAGAGAACCUUUUCGGUGAGCGGCUGGCAGCCGUGGAAGCUUCUUCUCGUGCUCGCAUCCCCGAGUUCGCUAGGGCAUCAGUCGAGGCCUCAGGAGACGGAGCGCUGAAUGCAAUUGUGAUCGAGAAACUAUUUACGAUCCAGCAUGACCUCAUGUUCAAGAAGAACGCCACCAUUGCCGAGAUCCUUACCAUUAUCGCAGUGGGUCUUCAAUUCUCGGACUACUGGAUCCUAUUCCCCUUCUCUAGGGGCAGCGUUCACCUGUCAUCCAAGGAAGACAUCGACAAGCCGCUAUUCGAUCCUCGUCUCAUGCUCGCAGAUUUCGAUGUUCAAACAACUGUCGCUGCAGGACGAUUGGCCAAGAGGUUCUGGCAAUCAGAGCCGGUCGCUGCUUAUGUGGGCGGUCAGGUUUUGCCAGAUGCUGUGACAUUGCCCGAUGAUGCCACUGACGCGCAAUGGGAGACGUGGGCGCGAAAUAACGCUGUUCCCAAUGCACACCCGGUCGGCACAGCCUCCAUGAUGUCGAGGGAGCUAGGGGGUGUGGUUGACCCGGAGCUGAAGGUCUACGGCACAGCCAACGUUCGCAUCGUCGAUGCAUCGGUAAUGCCAAUCCAGACCAGUGGUCAUCUGACCUCGACAAUAUAUGCUCUAGCAGAGAGACUGUCGGACAUCAUCAAGGACACUGCCUAA